AUGCGUAAUCUAACCCCAGAUAAAGCUUUCAGAAUUAAAAAGCAAAGUAUUUUCGAGCUAAAUUUUAGUGAAGAACCUAAAUCUACUAAAAUUCAUAGUCGAUAAAUCAAUCAUCAACCUUUAGAAACUUAAUUUUAAGCAUAUACAAAAAAUAAAGUGAUUAAGCUCAAGGAAACACAUUAAAUUAAUAGCAAAAUCCAAUCUCUUAAAUCAAAACUUAUUAAAAUAUUUAAGGAUAAUAGAUAAUAAUCACCUCAUGAUAUGUUCACAGAUUAAAAAGGAAAACAAAUUUUAGAAGAAUUAAAAGAAUCUCAUAUUCUUAAUAUGUAAGGAUUAUAACGUAUGGUUAAUUCUCAUGAGAAUAAUCCAUUUUUCCUAAAUUACCCUCGGAACCCUAAAGUAAUUAGAAAAUGUUAUUUUCGAUAUCCUACUGAUGCUAUCGAAAGAUUAGAUAGAAGUACUGCUGCCACUCCUCAGCCACUUCUACGACGGUAUACAGCAUUGCUAAAACCAAGAGUAAGAAAUUCAGAAUAAUGGAAUGAAUUGAAUGCUUGGCAAACUAAAGAUGAGUCCAUUACUAAUUUAUUUUGA